AGUAGGAAUGAAGUUUUAAAAAUUGCGCGUAGUUCAAUUCGUCCGUUCCGUCCACCAUCGAUGACAUUCCCAUUCCUCGUGUCCAAGCUCAGUUUCUGCUCGUGUAUCGAUGAGUGAAGAUUGCACGUUUUAAAUACAAUUAUUUUGUAUUUCCGUGAUGUGACACUUCCCUGGUGAAAAUAAGCGAAGAUGCAAUUGACACAAUUAGUGAUACGAUGUCUUUGGACUGUGUCAAUAUUUGUGUUAGCAGCGGGCAGAAUUCACAAACUCCAGAUACGGAAAGAUGUAAGACGGUACAUCGCGCUGAGUACCUUCGGCUUCUACAAGGGAGGCACCCUCGAUGUAAACCUGUCGAAUUUCAAGGCUGACCCGUUCGACGAGAACGCCGUGUUUGGAUUCAGUUUGGAUCGAACCCUAAGCGAUGCGAUGAAUCCAUAUUUAGACAGUCACCAAGAGAGAUGCGUAUUGCAAGACAUUGCGAGCGUGAAGCCGGAUUUCGAGCAAAGGAAUGACAGCGCGGUGAUAUAUUUUAUAAUGGACUUGAAGAACAACUUGUAUCGAGAGAACUGUUAUCGAAGAUGAAUUUGAAUCGAGGUCGGAGAGUAGCGUUUGUUCUCGCCUGAAGUUACCAAUGACCGUGCAGACCAUAAGAGGAGAGAAAUAUUACAAUACCAGCUUUGCAAUGUACGUUGCCAGCGAGGAAGAGGAAGGUCUCUAUAAUCUUUAUUUCCAUAAUUGUCCAAAUUACAAGUACGAUUCGCAAGUUGCGUUGGAUUUCACGAUACAAAUAUCGGAAAUCAACAACGGGAAUUUCCUCAGCGCAGGUGAAAUGCCUUUACCAAUCCUAUAUUUUAUCAUGUCACUUCUGUUCUUUCUGUCAGGUUGCUUUUGGGUGUUUAUCCUCAAGAGGAGCAAGCACCCUGUUUUCAAAAUUCAUUAUCUAAUGGCUGUUUUGGUACACUUGAAGGCGAUGUCGUUAUUCUUCCAUGGGAUUAAUUAUCACUUUAUUCAAACAAAGGGAGAACACGUUGCCGCAUGGGCAAUCUUGUACUACAUCACGCAUUUGCUGAAAGGAGCUGUACUUUUUAUUACCAUUGUAUUAAUUGGCACUGGAUGGACGUUUAUUAAACACAUUUUAGCUGACAAAGAUAAGAAGCUGUUUAUGAUCGCGAUACCGUUACAAGUAUUAGCAAACGUAGCAGAAAUAAUAAUCGAAGAAAGCGAAGAAGGAGAUAUCGAGUAUAAAACUUGGCGAGACGUUUUUAUUCUCGUGGACUUGCUUUGUUGCGGUGCUAUUAUAUUUCCGGUUGUUUGGAGUAUCAAGCACGUGGAAGAAGCUGCACACAUAGAUGGCAAAGCAGCCAUUAACUUACGCAAGCUCAAGCUUUUUAAGCAUUUCUACAUUAUGAUAUUUUCUUAUAUUUACUUUACAAGGAUCAUAGUGUACUUACUUAAGAUUACAGUACCUUUUCAAUAUGAAUGGUUAGAUGAAAUGUUCCGAGAAAUGUCCACGUACGUCUUUUUUGUUCUUACUGGGUAUAAGUUCCGAGCAGCAGCCGCCAAUCCAUAUUUCACGUUGACCAACGAUGAAACAACUCAUGCUGACGAGGACGACGAGAUGGAUGUCGUCAAAGUGCCGAAAGUUCUGAGGCCAGUUACAUCGGAUGUCCCAUCCACUCAAGAGGAGAGAGACUGUUUGUUCAACAAGACAGAAUCUUCUCACGAAUACGACUGA